AUGAUAAAAGUAAGUAGGGAUAAAUAUACAAAACUUGUAAACGGUCACAACCUUCAGAUCCGAAGGGGCUUUUCUAGCCAGUAUAGGGGAUAUAGAGGAGGGACAUCCCGCCUGACGGAAGAUGACGUCCAAUUAUUUGACACCUCAGACUCCGACAAUAACUGUGAGGUGCUGCUGGCAGGGAAACAGUGCCCAUCAUUCCAGGAAUUUUCUUCUGCCAUUCUCAACCAACUACUCCGGGGAUCCCUACUGGAACUCUUGUGCUUUGUUUACGAUAGUGACCCUACACAUUCACACAUUCUGUUCAAGGUGAUAUGCCAGCGUUUACCAGACAUGAACCUCCUCUCUCCGUUGGCCAUCAUUGAUGAGUUUAGCACAAUUCGUCUGCAGCACAACCGGGCAUUCACAGAGCAUGCAACCAGCCCUUCGCUUUUUCCGCAGGAUCAUCAAUACUUGAGUGCAGAUGGACAGACUCUUAAGAUAUGCUUAUCUAUCCUAGAACCAAAAAAUGGUAUUUUCCAAGCCCAAACAUCCCGUUACCUUAGUGAAUUUGAAGAAAUCGCAACACUGGGUAAAGAGUCUUAUGGCAAAGUGUUUAAGGUGCAUCCUAAAACCACUCAUCCACUCAACAAGCUGGAUGGUCAGGAAUACGCAGUGAAGAAAAUUCUCAUCAAGAAUGUAACUAGAGAUGACUGCAUGAAGGUCCUUAGGGAAGUUAAAGUUGACUAUGCAUGGGAGGAGGCCUGGUGUUUUGAACAGACAUUGGAUUGCUGUGGCACAACAAACUGGAGAUUGGUCUUUCUAUCUACUAAAACAACCGAUAGUUCCCUUCUAAUGUAG